AUGGAGCAGAAGGAAAUGGAUAGCAGCGCACCAUUUCUUCCACAAGAAAUAGUUAGAGACAUUCUCAUAAGGCUUCCGGUAAAGUCCUUGCUCCGAUUUCAAUGUGUAUACGAAGAUUGGAAAAUUCUCUUCAGAUCCCCUUCUUUCAUCGCAGACCACUUGCAUCACUCUAGUCAUCGAAACCCUUUUCUUCUUUUGAAAUGUUUUAUCGCGUGUGAUUUCUAUCACUAUUGUUUGCUCGAUGGCGAGAUGGAAGUCCACAAACUUCAUAAGAUCCCUCUUGAGAAUUCUAGGUUGACUGUCAGGAACCUCUAUUCCAAUCAUGGUUUGCUCUGUCUUGAAAUCGUUAAUAAGUGUCAUUCCCUUUUCUUGUAUAAUCCGGCGACUAGAGAAGUCAAACAAGUGUCCCGACGCCUUGAAAGAUUUACGGGUACAGUGUUCGAUGUAGGAUUUGGGUUCAAUCCAAUUCUUAAUGACCACAACAUAGUGAGGCUCUUUGUUUCUGGGUAUGAUGAAAUGGUUAAUAAGGUGGAGGUGAAUUCAUUAAAUAUGGGAUCAUGGAAGGAGGUAGAGGUUGGGAACUUACGGGUUGUGAAACUUAAACAUGGUGAAAGUUUUAGUGCUAAUGGAGCUAUCUUUUGGUUUGGGUAUACAGUAAAGCAUAAAGUAUAUAAUGGGAAGAAGUGUGAAAUUGCUGGAAGAGUCUGGAUAGUUUCAUUUGACGUGGCAAAGGAAGCAUCCACUUUGAUACCAAUGCCUGCUGAAAUACGCUAUAAAGAUGGUGUUAGUUCUGCUGUGUAUGAGUACAAGCUUGCCAUUCUUUAUCCCACUGCUAUUGAAAACUCUGAAACUUCAUCAAUUGAUUUGUGGGUGAUGGAGGAAGGUACAGGUGCAUCAGGGGAGAAAUGGACUUGGACUAAGAAAUAUACUACCAGUCCUUUUCCGCGCCGAUAUCCAUGGAAGUUAUGUCCGCAAACUAUUGGAGGAAUAAAAUGA